AUGAGGCGAAUUAAAAUUAAAAAUCAAUUUUUCAUGCGUUUGCAUUGUAUCAAAAGGGCGUUUUCAAACCACAUUGAGCACGCGUCAAAAAGCUUUAUCGAGUCCCUGAAACUUUCAAACUUACAUCACCAAACAUCUGCUCCCUUAGAGGUGUUGGAAUGUAACGUCAAAGGCGUAUAUCUUGGAAUUGAUCCCACUGCACCAUACUUGCAUGUGGGCCAUCUUCCCUGUAUUUUGACUUUGGCCAGGGCCUCAAAUGCUGGUAUUCCGUCGUUCGCGAUUCUUGGUGGCUCCACUGCGCUCGUUGGAGAUCCGUCCUUUACCAUUACUUCACGGCCUGUUCUUUCUCAAGGCAGCUUCAAAAACAAUAUGCAGUCAAUUAAAACCCAGCUGAGUUAUGUGUUCUCAAAAUUGACCCCUCCAAAUGGCGGCCCCACAAUUCUUGACAAUUCCGAAUGGCUUUCGAAAGUUGGAUUGAUUAGCUUUUUGAAAGACUUUGGUAGGCAUAUUGGCGGAAGCGAUCAAUGGGGGAAUAUGAUUUCCGGUCUUGACUUUAUUUCCAAAGCAGAAUCAGAAAAUGCGGAUUUAAAUGCCACCUCACCCAGGGCAUAUGCCUUAACCCUCCCUCUUAUUACAACGAGCAAGGGAAGUAAAUUAGGAAAAUCUGCCGGAAAUGCUACCUGGCUUUGGGGCCCGCAUUGUUCUGCCUAUGAUAUUCUGCAGGAUGAGCCCCAUUUAUACAUUGCUCACAAAGAAAUCGCUAAAUGGGUCAUUGAUCUGGUCUGUGGAGGUGAUUUGUGUAAAUUGAUUGUAGAUGACCACUAUCAAAGGGCACUUGAAGCAUCUUCUUUCGUUUUUGGCGAGGAAAAGCCUGUUGACGCGGAAAAGCUAGUUUCACUAUUUAAAAGUGAUAAUAAGCGAUUUUUUGAAGUUUCUAAGAGCCAAAUGAAAACCUACGAUGACCUUUUGCAAAAGCUUCUUGAUUCUAGAGCCGAAAAUUUUGACAGAAACUCCCUUCUUUGUAAUAAAGACCCGAUCAAAAACACACAAGACGCAAUUGCUUGGGAGGGCACAGCGUCGAAUAGCAUUGCCUUGGUUUGCGUCGGCAAAUCCAGUCCGUAUCUUUUAAAUUACGGGAUUGAUCCGGUGUCCCUACAAUUUCCAGACCAUCUACUCCAUCUAUCGGCCGCUUUUCAUGCCUUCAUUAGUGAACAAAUCCCGAACGUGGAGUUUUUUAUUUUGGCAGAUACAUCUUAUGGAAGCUGUUGUGUCGAUGAGGUGGCGGCAGAACAUAUUAGAAGUGAGCUGGUUAUCCACUUUGGACACACGUGUCUGUCGAAUACAUCAAGAUUGCCCGUGAUUUAUGCCUUUGGAGAAACAGAGUUUAAUGUCAACGAUUGUUUUUCUUACUUUUCGACCUUAUUAUCACAUGAGGGAGGCGGCGAUGGUGCAAAGAAAAUCUUGAUCCUAUCAGAUGUAAAGUACCUGUACUUUCAAGGUAGGCAUUUUACUUUAUUUUGUUUAGAUGCCAUUCAUGGCUUGUUGAGUAGCAACAUGUGUGCUGAUACAAGCUUUCAUUAUGGGGAAGUGGAAAAGGUCUUCAACCCAACCUCCCUAUUGAAUGAAAAUUCUCCUCGGUCUACUCUUUUGAAUAGACGAAUCAUCCCCGAGGUAGACCUGUUUUGCGAACACUUUCCUUUCUCGAAGAUCUUUUUUAUCGGGGACGAAGAUUCGUCCUUUUUGAUUACGUUAAUGAUGACGAUCAAGGGAAAAGCAGGCAUUUACUCAUACUCGCCAAAAUUAAACAGAGGUCGAGAAGAAGGCUUUCGCGUAAAUGUGUCCCUUUCCAAAAGGUUCCAUUUAUCAUCUAACUCGGCAGGCAAAAAGCCAUAUACCAUAUCCGUGGGCAAGCUCAAUGUGGCAAAGUUGGCCAACUUUUUGGACAUCGAUGUAUUCGUUUUGGUGGCUUGUCCGGAAACCACUGCACUUAUCGAUGGGAGGGAAUUUUUAAAACCCAUCAUCAGUCCUUAUGAAUUUGGGCUUUCCGUUGGCCAUUUGAUGGAAAAGGAUCCGGUUUCUCUUUUUACAUCGUGGACCGCCGAUUUCCAGUCGUUUUUACGGGAACAAAAAGAAUCGCAUAAAUUCGAUGAAAUCAAAGUGGAACAUCAAGAGAUUCCCGAACCCGCGCGGAAAACAACAAAGCCCACGGCCAAUAUUCUUCGAAUAGAAUAUGAUUGGGAACAAUCGCCUUCCGUGCAAAGGCUCCAUGAAAAAAACUUUCAGGGAUUGAAGCCUCUCACAGAGGAUGAGUCUAUCAAGAAUCGGACAAUUGUACAAGGCUCGUUCGGAACAGCUAUGGCGUAUUCUUCCGAGAAAGGCCUGUGA